AUGACAGUUAAACGACCCACUCUUCGACACGAGGCCCGUUUACUGGAAUUGCUGAAGGGUCAAGCUGCUAUCCCUGCCCAUUUCGAGUACAUGCCAUCUACGGAGCUUCUGGGACCAAGUGUCGCACAGCUGCAGGGGGAUGGUGCUGGUGUAGCGGUGAAGAUCGUCAUUCGUGUCGUGGAUCAAGCACUCGCAGCGCUACAGCACGUCCAUUCUCUCUGCAUUGUGCUUCGCGACAUCAAACCCGAGAACUUUCUUUGCGCACUUGAUGAUCCAUCGACGAUCAAACUUAUCGACUUUGGUAUUUCCAAGCCUUUUUCCCGUGACCAAUCGGCUGCUCAUAGUAAGUACGAUCCACUCAAGGAACGUCGACGCAUCGUUGGAUCUCUUUACUGGGCAAGUUUGAAUUCUCAUAAUGGGGAAGAUCUUUCUCCACGCGAUGAUACCGAAUCUUCGGCCUUCAUCGCUCUUUUCCUUCUCCGCGGCAACUUGCCCUGGGAACCUCGCCCACGCUUGGAGUCUCGAUUGCGCUCACAGGAAAUCGUCCGAGCCGUGAAAUCGACCUGCCCAGGCCCAGAGUUCUUUGCUGGUUUUCCAAGUGAAUUCGGCGAGCUGCUUACUUACAGCCGAACUCGUUUGAGUCUGGCUGGCAGGUUGGGCUUCUCUCUCGACAAUGGUCCACUCGACUGGACACCUUGCUGCCCCCAAACUACCAACCCCAUUCCAGAUGAAUCCAUAGUCUCAGUUCCUGAUGAGGACAUGGACGGCGAUGGUGACGGUGAUCUCGAGGAGGACAGCUACUACGGGACUGAUGUUGACAUCUGGGACCGCAGAGGGGAGCGAGACAAAGACGUGACCUUGCCGCUCGAUAGCACCACCCCGCUGAUUGAAGAAGUAGAAAGGGAUUGA